CAGAGGCACGAGCAGACGUCUAAGGUUUGCUCUCCCUCUGCAGCACAGACUCCCACAGCCAGAUCCACCAUGGGAUCCUUCCAGAGCUUUCAGCAGCAAGCAAGCAAGAUGAAUCCCAGAUGCACCAUGGGACUGGGAAUCACUCUCUUUGUGACAGCCAUCAUGCUCUCUGAUGCUGCUCCUCUGAAGAGCCAGGCUUAUUUCAAUAAGACUGCAUACUUGCCGUGCCCAUUUGCAAACCCUCAAAACAUAAGCCGGAGUGAGCUGGUAAUAUUUUGGCAGGACCAGGAAAAGUUGGUUCUGUAUGAGUUGUAUUUGGGCAAAGAGAAACUUGACAGUGUGGAUGCCAAGUACCUGCACCGUACAAGCUUUGAUGAGGAAAAUUCAGCUCUGCAACUUGACAAUGUUCAGAUCAAGGACCAAGGUUCAUAUGAUUGUUUUAUCCAACGCAAAACACCCAGAGGAUUGGUUCUCCUCCACAAGAUAGAUUCAGAGCUGUUGGUGCUUGCGAACUUCAGUGAGCCUGAAAUCCUGCAGGUUUCUAAUUCAACAGGAAAUUCUGGCAUAAAUUUGACCUGCUCAUCUACACAAGGUUAUCCAAAACCUAUGAAGAUGUAUUUUUGGCUAAAGACUCAGAAUUCAACUACUGAGUAUGAUAGUGUCAUGCAGAUAUCUCAAGACAAUGUCACAGAGCUGUACACUGUUUCUAUUAGCUUGUCUUUACCAUUCCUGGAUGGUGUGAACAAUGCAACCAUCUUCUGUGUCCUGAAAACUCAGCCAAUGAAGAUACUGAUUUUCUCCCAACCCCUCCCUAUAGCUCCUGGAGGCCCCCUACCUGUCCCGGAGGAAAAUCGAUCCUGGAUUGUACCUGCAGUUAUUAUAUUCGUCUUUAUACUUAUGACAGGGUUCAUGUUAACAAUAUGCAAGAGGAAGAAGAAGAAGCCUGGCCUCUCUUAUGAAGGUGAUGAAAACCACCAAAACGGAGAGUGAAGAAAGUAAACAGACUGAGGAAAAAGUGAAAAUCUAUGUGCCUGAAAGAAUGAAUGAAGAAGUGCAGUGUGUUGUUCACAGUUCAAAAACAUCCUCAGGCGACCCGAGUACCACACAUAAUUAAUUAAAGAACAAAAAUAGUGUCCAUUUUUUAUCCCUUUUUCUUUCCAAGUUUUUGGGCAACCUCUUUGACUUCUAUCAGAAGAUAAGAGAAUAUAACCAUUAGGAAUGGGUGGGGGCUCCAAGACUCCCUCUAGGUGGAAUAGUCCCCCAUCACACCAGCCCUGUUCCCUAUGCCAGGAGCAGACUAAUUCUCUGUCUUCCUUCUUUGAACUCAGAGCACCCUCAUGGGCCAAGCCCACUGAAAUGGUUCCUUGCUGAGGAAUAACAUUUAGGAUCAACCUCUCCUGCUUCAGAUUGGAUUCAUCUCUUAAUUUCUCAUAAUGUGUUUUUAUACGGAACUCCUUAUUGUGAGAAUACUGUCUUGAAUUCUAAGAUGUUACCUCAUUUCAUCCUGUAUACUUGGAACAACUACCUCUUCAUUCAGGGUAGGAGUGGUGUAUUUGAUGGUGUUAUCAUGUUCAUAUAAAUAUCUUAAAAUAUAAGAAAAUGUAUACUAUAAUAGUACAAUUAUUAUGCUGUAAAGAAAGACCUAGUCUACUGUUUAUAAGGAACAAUUGUCCCUCUGUCCAGAUCAGUAAAGAAUACAAUGACGUAGGUAGUAUACAGGUGACAGUGAGCACAGAAUUCUCAAUUAUUGGUGAUCAGAAGACACAGAGGUGGAACCAGCCCUGGAUUCAGGAAUCAGUCCUCUCUGGGUUGUUGCUGAUAUUGGGAGCGUCCACCUGCCCAACCAGAGAUGAACAAGCCUUGACAGGGAGCACUGAAGAAAGCAAAACGUGCUCUAUUUCCUGAGUACUACUUCCCUUGGUGAGGAAAGGGAACUCCAGUAAUGGUCUGGGGCAGCUGUGAAAGGACAAGAGAGCAAGACACUUAAAACAUCAAAAUCAACAGUUCAACCAACAGAUGUGCAUGGAAAGAUUGAUUUACCUGGUCCUUUGACAGGUCAAGAAGCCACAGUGGAGAGUGUGUCCAAAUGGAUGUAGGCAACAGCUGCCUUGGGAGUUAGUAGGGGUUUUGAUGACACCCAAACUAUCAUGAAGCUCCAUCUGGCAGGAAGCAGAACUGGGAAGGAAAGCUAUCAUCUUGAUGAAAUUUGGGGAAGGAGGUCUAGGAUUGUUUCAGCUCAGUUUGAAUGAAAUUGGGAAGAGCAAGAUGUGCAGUGCUCUGAGGCUAACAGGCUGCAGAUGUCCCGGUGAAUAUGGAUUGGCCCAGAGCAGGGCUAACCACAGUUAACAUUCAAGGCAAUGACGGGAAAGCUGGGUCUAAGAGAGAAACAGCCUCACAGAAAAGAGGUAGGACAUCUGGAGGUGUCAACGAGGGAUGGAGCAAUCUCAGUCCAGACCUAAAGAGAACUUUGGGAGGCCCAAGCUGCAAUUUUUUUUUUUUUUACAUAAAGGCCCUGGAGGGCUGUGGACUGCUGUGCUAGUAAGGCUCAUCCUAUAAUAUGAUUGUUUUUACAUCCCUGCCUGUGUUAGACUCUUAGGACAAGUUCUGUAUGGAGUAGAUUUCAAUAAAGUUUAAUUAUAUCUAUUUUAGUCUACAUGUUCUGCUUCCACAUCAACAGCCUUAUAGUCUGAUCUUCCCACUAACCCUUGACACCUCCAUGGCUGGAAGUCUCCAACUCACCCCAAAUUCUCUUUUCCUCUCUUCUCUACCCUUUGUAUAAGAAACCAGGCUUAUGCUUGCCUAUAUGUAUAUCUCGGUAAUGAAACAAUUUUAAAAAUUGAGUAAAAGUAACUUUCUGAGCACA